UUGCCUUCGUCUUUUUCCAUAUACGAAGGUUCAUUCAGUAUCGGACGCGUGGUGCCGCCCACACCAAGUGAAACGAGGGAACCAUCAACGGUCGGUGAAACUGAUCGUCCAUGCAUUGGCGACGGUCGAGAUGAACGCCAGGACCGUUUAUUCAAGCCACACUCAGACUGUGACUUAUAUUAUGGGGACACUGCAGCGGACAUAAAACAGAGCCAUUCGGACAGCAGUAUAUACGAUGGAUCAUCUGAGUCUCGUAACCAUGACGGUUCCUACGUCCGAGCACGAUUGAAGGUCUCCAAGAAAAUGGACAAUUUACCUUCUAUAAAAAGAGGUAUAUUGAGCACAAGUCUAGCUGGAGGAUCUCUUAUCGCCGAGGUGCUUUUACUGAAUGCACGUGUACUUGGAUUGGGAGAUAUGAGCGGCUCAAAAGACUGUCACACACCUUUAGAGCAAUAUCGUGAGCUGAAGGUAAUGAACAAUUAUUUUGGUAUUGGUCUCGAUGCAAAGAUCGCUCUGGAAUUCCACAAUAAGCGUGAGGAGUCCGAGAAGACUCGUAGCCGGUCCCGACUCUUUAUGUGGUACGGUAUACUUGGCGGUAAAGAGCUCAUGCAUAGAACAUACCGGAAUCUUGACCAACGGAUUCGAUUGGAAUGUGACGGGGUACGCAUUGAGCUGCCCUCCCUGCAAGGUUUGUACUUUCCCAUAUUUAUCCCUAUGUAG